CAGACCCCGACCUGCUCAACCUCAUUGGCCAGCAUGUCCCUGCUCAAUCACGACUGCCAGCCCAACUGUGUGAUGAUGUUUGAGGGGAAGACUCUGUACUUGCGGGCUAUCACAGACAUCCAGCCACAAGAGGAGCUGACCAUUAGCUACACCGAUGCUGUGGCCCCCAGUGAGGAGAGGAGGAGACAGCUGGAGGAGCAGUACCACUUCCACUGCCAGUGCCAACGCUGCAGCACCGCAGACAAGGAUGCUGAUAUGUUGGCUGGAGCCGAGAAGGUCUGGAGGAAGCUGAAAGAGGCCCUACCCUAUCUGGAGCGCCUGCAGUUGGAGCAGAAGUGGACUGAGUUGUUGAGUGUGGGCCAGGUGGUGGAUGGACACUCAGGUGCUGUCCCAGACACCAACGUCUACCUGCUGCAGCUGCUGGACCUGCUGCUGGACGCCUGCAUCAGUCUGGGCCAGUACGACACAGCCCUGCAGUUUGGCACCAGGACCCUCCAGCCAUACAGACUCUACUACACUGACCCCCACCCAGCGUGCGGCGUCCAGCUGAUGAGGGUGGGGAAACUACAACACCUCCUGGGCAGAGUGGAGGAGGCACUGCAGUCCUUCCGACAGGCCUAUGAUAUUCUGAAGGUGACCCACGGGACAGAGCACACGCUGACUAAUGAACUGCAGGAGAAGCUGCUGGAAUGCCAGGCGGAUCUCAGCCGUGACUGAGCCAGAAGUGACCCGACAUGUUGACUCCUGAGAGCAGUGGGCAGAAACAGUGCUGUUCUGUGUGGUGGACAGAACUCCCUCCUUCGGCAGGGACCUCCAGCACACUUACCGCCGUGGAACGCACUAAGCCCACAAAAUACUCUUGUAUACCUGUAGUUCUAUAGUCAGUACUAUAAUUGGUUAUUAAUCACACCGAUAUGAAAGCCUACACAAUACUGUAUCUCUUGUAUACCUGUAGUUCUAUAGUCAGUACUAUAAUUGGUUAUUAAUCACACCGAUAUGAAAUAAAGCACAUCCUCAACUCCCUUAUCCUUU